CGCCUGCUGCAAAGUUUUUGCUGUUUCCUGUGUGGACUUUGGAUGUUGGUGGCUGUGCGUAUGGGACACAUUGCCCUGUGGGUGCCUGCUACUUAUCUUCCCUGAGCUCACAGAGGCUUUUUGACUGUAAGACUGCAGAUUCCCUGCAGAUAUGGCAGAGGUGCAGAUUAAGGAGAGCACUGUGAAGGUUUCAGGGCAGACACUGUUCUAUCGUGAGGCACUUCCAGUGGCACCAGGAACUAACAAGCCACCAGUCCUACUUCUACAUGGGAUCAGAUUCUCCUCCCAGGAAUGGCAGAACCUGAAGACUCUACAUACACUGGCAGCUGCCGGUCACCGUGCCGUAGCCCUGGAUCUACCAGGACUUGGCCAUUCCGCAGAUGCAGUGGCCCCUAGCCCCCUGGGAGAACUGGCUCCGCCUGGGUUCCUGCAGGAGGUGUUGGAGUCGCUAAACAUGGUCCCUGCUGUGCUGAUCAGCCCUUCACUCAGUGGAAUGUACUCCCUGCCCUUUCUCCUGAGCAGCCCACAGAGUGUAGCGGCCUAUGUGCCUGUUGCGCCUAUCUGCACAGACAAGUUCUCGGUGCAAGACUAUGCCCAUGUGCAGGUUCCAGCUCUGAUUGUGUAUGGUGACAAAGAUGAACAACUGGGAGAAUUAUCCCUGCGCAACCUGAAGAAUCUGCCCAAUCAUAGGGUGUUUUGCAUGAAAGGGGCUGGGCAUGCUUGUUACCUGGAUGACCCGGACACUUGGCACCAAGGGCUUAUGGAAUUCCUCAGCAGCCUCAAAUAAAAGGAGGAGACACUUCUGAAAAUUCCAUUGGGAACAUUCCUACCCAAUACCCAGCAAUUGUAAUAGAAUUUGUUCCACUAUUAGCAACUAAAUAAAUAUACUGAAUUAUUAACAAUAAACAAAAUGAUGUCUUGGGCCAUAAAGAUGUACUAGUGGCAGCGCUACAGAGAAACAUUCUGCCUGCAAGUAAAAUAUAUUGCACCUAUAACUAUAAUCCUAGGUCUAUAUUCACUGUAUGUAACCUUUUUAUUGGAUGCAAAACAGUCCUUUUAAUUAUGUUUUAGUAAACAAAAUAUGGAGAUCCAUAAUACGGAAAGACCCCUUUACCUGAAAAAUGCCAUGUCUCGAAUAUUUUGGAUAACAGUCCCCAUGCCGGCACUAUUAUAAUCUCUUUGUGUCCAGCUAUGACAUCUAUUGUAUCCUUCCAAAUUA